AUGCAAGUCGACUAUGGCGACGGGCCAGAUUCGAACCACAGCCUCCAUCUUACAGCCAACUACGAACACGCCGGGUUUCGGCACCCAGCCGCUGGUGCACCAGCAAUUGAUCCGGGCCUCGAGCAGAGCACAGGUGCCAACCGCAAUCGACAUGCGCCCAUGUCGGUCCUCUCCCGCGCUGCCCCAACCCACCUGCUCCAGCCCGACAAUGCCUCGCUCAGCAGCGCGCACCUUGCCCACGGCUUCUACGGAGACAUGGCGCGCAGCUCACAGCCUCCCUCGACGCCCUCGAAUGCCUCGCCGCGCUACUCCGCCGCCGUGACGCCUGCCAGCCAGGCCAAGCACGCGGCCCCCAGCUAUGCGCCAGACGAUCGCGCGCUUCCCUCGCAGGACGUGGCCGACGAGACCAUCGACGAUGCCUUUGCCAGCUUUGUCUUGUACUGCAACCCCAGCUUCGCCCUCUCCACAGACACCUCCGAGUUGGUGAAGCUGUUUCGAACACCACCGAAGAGCGACGGAAAGGCGUUUAGCACUUGGACCCUGUUCGAGCUGAUAGGCAGGUUCAGCACGGGAGAGAUCAAGACCUGGACGCAGUUAGCUUUGGAUCUCGGCGUAUCGCCGCCAGACACGGACAAGGGACAGAGCACGCAAAAAGUCCAGCAGUACUCCGUGAGGUUGAAGCGAUGGAUGCGCGCCAUGCACAUUGAUGCUUUCUUUGAGUAUCUGCUCGACAAACAGCACCCCUACUAUCUGCAGAUACCUCCCCCGCACGAUCCUUUCCCAGAAGACGGUCGUGACGGCGUGCCACUGGAGGAAGAUCUGGCUAUUCGAGCACUUGACCCAAAAUUCAAACCCAAGCGUGGUAGACGGAAAGCCGAUGACGCUGACGAAGAGCUGGACGCUGAACUGGACACGCCUGCUCGCAAGCGGCCGCAACUCGAUACGUCUAUACCUUUUGGCAAUGCACUACAACCGCAGUCGGCGUACCCUACCAGCGCCCACCCCGACCACAUGGGCGGUUUCCUUACGCCACAUGAUCCAUGGACAGCCGCAUCUGCCAUCACGCCUGCUUCUGCUCUGCAUGCUUCGCAUCGUCUGAAGCAACAGGAAAACGUAACUCCCUACUCGGCGUCACCUUUGUCUGGUGGGCAACAGAUUCGUUGGCGACUCAACAGCCAGGAGCCUGCGACGCCCCAUCCCUUAUCGGCCGUCACGCCAUCGUCUGCGCACCACUUCUUCGACGAACCCCAGUCAGCAGUGACCCCUUCCAGCGCAAGACCACGCGCACGUAGACGUCAUGGGCCAGCUGUAUCAUCAGCUUGGUCGGCUAGCAGUACCACUCCUGGUGGAAAGCCACGGGGUCGGCCACCCAGCAAUCGAUCCACUCGAGACGGACCGUUUGUCACCUUUCCUGUCAAUCCAAGCAGAGAAGGCACGCCUGUAGAUAUACAGAGACACUCGGGUGCUUUAACGCCCAUAGUAGAGCGAAGACAAUCUGGGUCGCCAGCACCUGAGCCUGUCUUCCGGUUUCCACCAACGCCUGCGUCGGCACUUCCUCCCUCGACAGGGGAGUCGCCGGUCAUCAGUGCUGGUGGAACUCAGAGACAACGUUUGAGCCUGCAAGUGCCGCAGAACAUUGGUAAUCCCGUGCGAUUGAUCACCCCUACUGUGCUGGUCAAUGGUGAAGAAGACCCGACUCCGAGCACCGCCGCGGCAUCCUCUGCAAUCAGUUUUGGCUCUGAACGAAGCUUCUCGGCGCAGUCCUUCAGCGGCAGCGGCAACAGUCAUCUCCACUUCCACGGACACUUCACUCCCGUCGAGACUCCAGCUCGGCCACAGCCACCACCGGGGUCACAAAGUGAAGCAACCUUGUCAACGUCGACGCCCCCACUCCCGUCGAUCUCUUUCGACACGCUCAAUCGUGCCUUGGCUGCCGAGCUCAUUCGUGCGCCACUCACGGGUCGACGUAAGCGUCUACGGGGCAACGAAGCGAAGAAGCUGGCAUCGUCGAUACUGGCUCCACUGUAUGCAAAGCCUUUGGCCGGACCCACAUCACCAGCGAAGGUCAUGAGCAGUCAGGUCAUGGGAAUAGCCAUCAGCAGCUGUCUCGGACUAUCCAACGCAGCAGGGAUCGGUUCUGGCGGGCCCAGCGGCGGUGUCAAGAGAGUCGAGUGCGCACGUUUCCGCACAGGCGGCGAUGGGUACGAGAGUCCCAUGGAAGACCACGAAGACGACAUGGAGAGCGUCCACGGCUCCGUCAUGGUCAAGGAGACGUUUGACGUCUUCUUCGCCGUGUCGUUUGGUGGGCUGUCUGGCGAGUGGACGGCCAAAGGUCUCCACGCUACCACUGAAGAUGUGGAACACGCAGACACGACAGCAGGUGGGCAAGAGGCAGACGGCACCGAACCUGGCCAACACGCAACAGCGGCGUGGAAAACAAAGUUUCAAGAGGCACAGAGGAAGCUGUGGGAAAGCGAGGAGGAAGUCAAGAAGCUGAAGGAGAAGAUCCUAGAGGCCGUGCUGUAG